GUCUGGCGACCCUCUCCACUCCCAAUCUCAUUUCUAGGCCGGGUUAGUCCCAGCAACAGCGCUGUUUACAAGAGAGCAUACGACUAUACAGCUGUACAAUCGCCAUCCAUCCUUUUAAGAAUUACACUUUUGUGGAUAUACACCAAUACCAUUCAUCUGGAAAUUUAUAACGUCAACCAAACGAUUCAGAAGGCACUAGGGAAAGACGCAACAAAAAAUUUCCAUACUCGAUGACAUUACAUCGCAAUGUCCGAUCGUUUGGGGCAAAUAACCAAGUCCAAGGAUGGGAAAAGCAAGUACUCCACACUCAGUCUAUUUGACAAGUACAAGGGAAAAUCAAUAGAAACACAGAAAAACGCAGUUCCACGACAUGGCUUACAGAGUCUUGGCAAAGUGGCCGCAGCCCGGCGUAUGCCCCCACCCGCUCACCUGCCGAGCCUGAAGUCUGAAAACAAAGGAAACGACCCCAACGUCAUUAUUGUGCCCAAAGACGGAACAGGAUGGGCAAACAAGCAGGAACAACCGGAUCAAAAGAGUUCUAUUGCGUUAACAGCACAGCUGCCGGAGUUGCAGCCGCAGCUGGCUUCACAGAAGUCCGUUUCCAAUCUUCAGAAGGCCACGCCAGUAGCCAGCCAGGAGAGCACAAACCCAGGUGGACCGAAGCAAUGGGCCCAGCUAAAUGGAAAGGCGAAAGAGCUAGAUGGUUCAAGGGUCUUAAACCGACUUCAGCCCUUCUCUCACGAGGAAUUUCCCACGCUGAAGGCCGCUGGGGAACAGGACAAGGCUGGCAAGGAAAGAAGCGUCUUCGAUCCGUCGUAUGGGCCCGGACCAAGCCUCCGCCCGCAGAAUGUGACGAGCUGGAGGGAGGGUGGUGGCAGGAACCUGCAGCCCUCCUCGCCCCUUGGUCCGCCAGCCGACCCCGAGGGCAAGCCCCCUGCCGCGGCUGAGACCGGGCCUCCCCCGCCCCCCCCCUCCUCCUCCUCCUCCGUCCCCUCCUCCAACUCCAACUCCUCCUCCUCCAACGCCGCCGUCUCCUCCGCCAUCGCCCCCGGCAUCUCCACCUCCUCCUCCCACUCGCUGGUCCCGGCCCAGCCCGCCGUCCCCGACCCGAAGGAGAUCUCCCUGCGCCCCGCCCAGCCCCUGCGGAGGACGGUGGUCCCCACCGCCCUGCAGCACCAGCUCCACCACACCUCCAACGCCGUCUACCACGACAUGCUGCCCGCUUUCAUGUGUUCCAAAGACACGCGCGAGACCCCCGGGGCCGUCGACAUCGCCCCCGUCGCCGCGGUGACGGCGCCCGCCCGAUUCGACAACAGGCCCGCCCGCCAGAACUUCACCAACGCUUCAGAGCACGUCAACGGUGACGUGCGCCGGGGGGAGACACGCUUCGUACGAGCCCCCGCUCGCCCCUCUUCCCAGCCCAUCCGCCGGCCCGGAGAGAGACCCCCGCGGCCCGCCAUCAUCAACCCCGAGGACCUGAGGGAUCUGGACGAGCUGGACGUCAACUGUGAGGACGGCUGGGCAGGACUUCACGAAGAGGUAGACUACGGAGAGAAGCUUAAAUUCAGUGACGAUGAAGAGGAACAUGGCGGCAAUAAGAAGGGCAAGAUGUGGGCCGAGUGGGAGCGCCAGAGGGCCAACCAGCGUGACCGGCAGGCCUCCGUCAGCUCCAACGACGGGGCCUACCUCCACGAAGCCGCCGAGGACAUCUACACCCAGCACCACCUCCACCACACCGAGCCCCAGAGGAAAGUCAACGGAAAAUACUCCCCCGCCGAAACCCAGGCCCCGCAGAAGAGCUCGGCUCCUGGCCCCGCCGCCGCCGCCCCCCACCCGGCGGAGCCCCUCGAGGACCAGGACGACCACCUGCACCCCGCCCAGCCCGCCGCCGCCGCCGCCCCCAGGGCCAAGUUCGUGUCCCCCGAUCUGUCUGAGGCGGUGGAGCGCGCCCGGCGCCGCCGCGAGGAGGAGGAGCGGCGAGACCGCGAGGAGCGGCUGGCCGCCUGCGCCGAGAAGCUGAAGCGGCUGGACGAGAAGUUCGGCAAGACGGAGCGCCAGACCUCGCGCUCCGACGACGGCAGCAAGGACGGCGAGGGCAAGGAGCCCGCCACCGCCGCCGCCGUCGCGUCCCCCAAGAGGGAGCCCAGCAAAGCCCACCCGGACAGCUGGCAGUACGCCACGAAAGAGGCCAGCGAGUGCCCCCCGGACCACUCCCCCGGCUACGAGUACCGCGAGGAGCCCUGCUUCCCGGCCUACCGCGCCAGCGAGGACGACGCACAAGAGCCCACGUCCCCGCAGAGCGACGGCAGCGCCGGGCGCCAGACCUCCAAGCCCAUCGCGCCCCGCUUCCAGAAGCAGCAGGCCACGCCCCCUCCGCCACAACAGCCGCAGCACCAACAACAACAGCAACAACAGCAGCAACAGCAGCAACAACAACAACAACAGCAGCAGCAACAGCAACAACAGCAGGAGCAAGUGUACAAGAUGCAGCACUGGCAGUCGAGCCACUCGGCCAGCUCUGGCUCCAGCCACCCCCAGCGCGGCUACUACCCCUCCCAUGUGCUGGGCUUCGACCCCCGCUGGAUGAUGAUGCCCCCGUUCAUGGACCCCCGCAUGGCCCCGGGCCGGUCCCCUGUGGACUACUACCCCAACUCUGUCCACUCUUCAGGAAUGAUGAAGCCCAUGCUUCAUCCAGACCACCUCAACAGUCCCGGCUCUGACGACGGCUGCCAUCCCAGCAUGCACCAGGAGAGGAGGGCUCCGUCCACCGAGCCCUACCCCAUGUGGAACCAGGACGGCUACCCCCUGCGGAGCUUCACGCCGCCCUACCAGAGACAGCACGAGAGCUCGGAGGGCGGCCGGCCAGACGACCGAGGAGACCUCGGCUGCCCCCAGCAGAGCGCUUACGAAGAGAGGGCCAACGAGUGCCUGGAGCCCCCCGCCGAGGACCUCCCUCACCAGAGCUACCACCAGAACCCCCGGGCCCCCGACCGGGGGGAGCACCAGCGCCACGACCAGGGCCUGCUCACCACGGCCCAGGGCCACGGCCAGCGCUCGGACGGCGACUACCACAAGCACGACCCCAGAGAGAAGCACUCAAAGGACGGCCCGGACCCGCGCGACGAGGCCUUCGACCAAGGCUCCAAGGACAGUUGGAGGAGAGACGGCGGCGGCCAGGCUAAGGACGGAGGCUCCGCCGGCGGCCCAGACCAGUGGGCCGACGCCGCCCCCAGCGGCGGGCCCAGCCAGCCCCCCGAGGGCGGCGGGCGCACCCUGGUCCGCAGGACCGGCCCCAUCAAGAAGCCCGUGCUGAAGGCGCUCAAGGUGGAGGACAAGGAGAACGAGAAGCCCCGGCCCGAGCCCGAGGAGAAGAUGGUGCCGCCGUACCGCCUGGAGAAGGAGGUGCUCACCAACGUCUACGACCUGAAGAAGGACAGCCAGCCCAUCAGCAGCCGGCGCGCUGCCUCGCCCGCCGUCGAGAAGCAGCAGCAGCAGCAGCAGCACGCGGAGGAGAAGCAGCAGCAGCAUCAGCCUCUGCCCGCCGCCGCCAAGCCGGAGAGGGCCAUCAGCACCCAGACGGAGGACGCUCCCAAGGAGGGCGGCGGCUGGGACACGGGCACCAAGAGCAGCCAGUUCGCCAGGGACGAGACGGAGGCCCGCGACUCCCAGGCCCCCCGUCGCAACAACUGGAUCUUCAUCGACGAGGAGCAGGCCUUCGCCGGGGCCAGGGGGACGGGUCGAGGGCGGGGCCGAGGAUUUCGGGAGUUUAACUCGAGCGGAGGUGGACGAGGAGGAGUGGGCGGAGACAGGGAGAGAGGAGGCGGGGAAAGAGGAGGAGGAGGAGGAGGCCGGGGGGCUAAAGGGGGAGAGAACCUUCGCGGUGGCUACGGGAAGAACAACAGCAACAGCAGUGUUAGCAGCAUCAGCGGCGGCGGUGCCGGGGGUCGUGGCGUGAGCCGCGGCAGGGGCCCGCCCAGAGACUUUGUCCAAGUGGAGGACAUCCAGAGGGGCAAGCCCCGCCGACGCAACGUCAGCGAGACCCUGAGCGAGACCUCGGAGUACGAAGAGCUGCCCAAGCGGCGUCGCCAGAAGGGGUCCGAGAACGGCGAGGGGUACGUGGAGCCCGCCGAGGGGGUCCGCAAGGCGGACCGGGACUCCUGGAGGUCCAACAAGACGUACGCCGAGGACCAGGCGGCCAUCGACGCCAAGGAGAAGGCCAAGGCCGGCCGCGGGGGCUUCGUGAGCCGCACGCUGCCCCCCAGGAUGAACGCCGCCCCCGCACCCACCGGCGGCGGCAGCGGAGGAGGUGGAGGAGGUGGUGGAGGUGGUGGUGGAUACAGCAGAGGCUUUGGGGGCCCCAGGGACAUCUCGACCUGGAGGGGCCGCGGUGCCCAGUACACUGGCGCCGGGGGCCCCAUGCAGGAGAACGGCUACGGCCCCGCCGCCGCCGACGCGCCCUACCCGCGCCGGCAGGCCCCCGCCGCGGAGCGCGAGGCCCUCAAAUACCCGCCCAAGUUCUCGGUUCCGUUCGCCGAGAACGGCGGCGAGGAGCGCGACGGCGAGUACUACCCGGACGGCGAGAGCGCCGACCGGCAGGCGCUGAGGCGGCGCCGGCCGCCGCGCCAGGACAAGCCCCCGCGCUUCCGCCGCCUGCGGCAGGAGAAUGAGCCCGGCUCGGGCCAGUGGAACAGCGAGCAGUACGCCAACGGCGGCGGUGGCGAGGGGGGCUUCGCCAACCCCUGGCCCAACCGCCCCAAGGCGGCCGGCGAGGAGGGCUGGCCCGCCGCGCACUACCCCGCGCAGCACGGGGGCCAGGCCGAGGAGUGGGAGUCGGGCUCGGAGAACAGCGACUUCGGGGACUGGAGGGAGAAGCGAGGAGGAGGGGGCGGGCUCCAGCAGGGGCACGGCGACGGCCCCUCGGAGCACGGCGACGCCGGGGAGAAGCGGGAGAUGUCCAAAAGGAGCUUCUCCAGCCAGCGGCCCCUGGUGGAGCGGCAGAACCGCAAGGGGGAGCCGGCGCUGCUGGAGGGCGGCAAGGCGCCGUCGGGCAGGGCCGACAGCUGGCAGAACGGCGGGGCUCCCUGUAAGAGCAGGAGCCCCGAGGCCUACGUGGAUCAGCCCGACGACAGAGAGCCCAGCGACCCCUCUGGGAAGAAGCUAGACAAGGAGCUCAAGCAGGGCUCGGGGAAAUCCGACAUGGUGGAGCCGCUGUCCCAGUACGACCUCAACAGCUACCCGAUUGAGAGUGAAGGCCAGGGCUCGGACUCGUACCAGGACGCCCUGUCUAAGAAGCAGCGACGCCCCCAGGACGACGACCGCAGGAGGAAGGAGCAGGCCGCCGUUCCACUCAAGAGCCGACCGCUGGCCUCCAAGAUGCCCCCCCGCUUCGCCAAGAAGCAGGGGGGCAUGGGCAUGGAGCAGCAGGAGGACUCUCUGUCGUCCAACAACCUCGGCACGGAGAUCUGGGAGACCAACAAUUCAGCUCUGUCAGUGCAGUCUUCAGGAGGAGACUCCUGGACCAAACAAGUGUCCUACACGGGCAGCGAGCCCAACUCUGAGGACUCGGACGCCGGGCCGGAGCAGAGCAAGGAGCAGCACAAGCCCGGCCCCAUCGGCAACGAGCGCUCCCUGAAGCACCGCGGCAAGGGCCCCGAGGCGUCGGAGCGGCUGGAGGGCGUGGGCGGGCCCAUCAGCGCGCCCGUCAACGGCGUGGACCUCCACGGCGACCCGGGGCUGCCCGGCCCGCCCAUCGAGUUCGGCGUGAGCGCCAAGGACUCUGACUUCAGCCUGCCACCGUGUUCGGCCGCCGUGGCCGUGUCCAGCCCCGUCGCCAAGCUGCAGGACCCGCUCAACACCAACCCGGCUCUGAACCAGGGCAUACCCAUGCUGCGCUCCAACCACCUGCAGCCAGGCAUGAACCUCAACACCAUGUCCUUCCCCAGCGCCGACCUCACACUCAAGAUGGAGUCGGCCCGCAAGGCGUGGGAGAACUCCCAGUCGCUCCCGGAGCAGGGCUCCCCCGUGGGGGGCGUGUCGGGCUCCCAGCCCCCCUGCUCCUCCAGCGUCAGCUACAGCUCCUUCGGGGGCGUCUCCAUGCCCCCCAUGCCGGUGGCCUCCGUGGCUCCCUCCAUGUCCCUGCAGGGUAACCACAUCCCCCCUCUGUACCUGGACGGUCAUGGGUUCCCCAGCCAGCCGCGCCUGCUACCCCCUUCCAUGGCCCAGCAGCAGAGCUACCAGCAGGCCCAACAGGCCCAGCAGAUCCCCAUCUCCCUGCACAACUCCCUGCAGGCCCAGGCCCAGCUGGGGCUCCGUGGGGGCCUCCCGGUCUCCCAGUCCCAGGAGAUGUUCAACUCUAUCCCCCCGUUCAGGUCCCAGGUGUACAUGCACCCCAACCUCUCCCAGCCCAGCCCCCUGGUGCUGUCCGGGGGCGGCCAGCUCAAGGGCCCCUACUCCCCGUUCCCCGGCAUGCAGCCCUCGGACAUGGUCAAGUCCCAGUCGGGCUCCCACUACCAGCCCAUGAACGGCAGCCAGCCCAUGGUCUACGACAACCAGAUGAACCAGGGCCCCGGCAUGGGCUCCUCCCAGCUCAUGGACUCCCAGCUCAUCCAGGUGGCCAUGCCCCUGCCGGGCUCCCAGCUGCGCUACGGCUCGGCCCAGCAGCACCUCAUCCUGCCCCAGUCCAUCCAGCUGCAGCAGGGCCAGAACCUGUCGGUGGGCGCCCCGCGGCGCAUGAUGCCCCCCGGCUCCCAGCAGAGAGAGCCCUCCCAGAUGGAGAUGAAGGGCUUCCAGUACGCCGACAAGCCCAGCCACUCCCCGGGCCUGCCUGGAGGGUCCUACAGGCCGGGGUCUGCCAGCCCCAGUGGGAAGCCGUCGGGCCCCGGGGGCCAGCUGCCUCCACACUACACCCAACAGGUGGCCCCUCCCCAGGGCAGCAUGGUGAUGCACAUGCGGCCCCCCACCACCGGCCCCUUCCCCACCCCCAUCCAGCGGCCCGUCAUGCAGGUCAACAAGCCUGUGAUGGUCCGCUCCCCCCCGUACCCCAACCCCGGCCGCGAGCCCCCCCACCCCACGGCGUCCUCGGCCCCCGAGCCCCAGAUGAAGGGGCCCGAGGACUGCGUGAAGAGUAAGCCCGUGGGGGAGACCCCACGCCCGGCCCUAGGGCAGGACCCAGCCCCGCCGGCCGGUGGGCCCACCAGCAGGCUCCAAGACCCCCUCUCCCCCCCCUCCUCGGCAGGCCAGGCCAAACCAGCACCGCCGCCGCCACCACCACCGCGCACCGGGGCCAUCAAACCACCAGCCGCCAAGGCAGAGGAGGGAAAGGCCUAGCCGGGGUCCUCCCAGCUCCCCCCACAACGUCCUGCCCGACGAAACCCCCUCCCUGUAAACCAAGCCCGCUCCUCCAUCACCCCCCCCCAACCUCGCUACUCCCCCCCCCACCCCACCCCACCUCCCUUCGGCAAGGGGAUGGGUGUGGGUGCUGCAGAGGCCACACAUGCUGACGGGAAACCAACCCCCCCCCCCCUACAAAAAACUGUCUUGACACGGGACACAUAUAACUCCACCAAACGUAUAGAGAUAUAUGAUUAUAUAUAUAUAUAAAUGUAUACAGACACAAUAGACACUCUUCGAUGCAGACCUCCUCCCAAAAUCUUUUAUUUAUUAACGCUGAUGUCCUGUGUUUUCCUUUCUGUCCUCGCUCGCUGCUCUCUCGGAGAGGAGCCUAAUGGAACGGAGAGGAUGUGUUUGUUUUUAUGUUAGCUUUCUAUAAAGUCGGGGAGGGGGUUGGCGGUGGCGGGGGAAAGGCACCACACAGAUUAUUAACACGUUUCUUUUGUUCUGCGAGCCGUCUUGCCAAACCGUAGUCUUUUUAAGUGGACUUUGCCCUCCGGACAGACUCGCCCGGCACGCGUCAUCCGCCGGACCCCCGAGUCUGUCGGAUGUUUUCAAGAAACAACACGGUCGAAGCAGAGGGACACCUUGCAUAUUAAUUUCCUUUUGACCCUUUUUAGCAAUUAUGGAGUUGGAUUUUUUUUCUUUCUUUCAUGUCACCUGUUUGUCUCACUCAAGGACUUGUUCUUCAGAAAUAAAAUAAAUCUUAACCGAAGUUUUUGAUCAUGUGUGUCCUCAUGGCCCAAGUGAAGUGAACCUCGACAACGUCACUUGGCGAGUAAAAACCGACAGAACUGCAUAAAAUUGGUAGAAAAACUUUUUGGUUUUCCUCCAGGGAACGUGAUAUUUGCAUAAUUAUUUUCUAAUUUGUUGCUUGCUCUUAAUGUAUACCGAAGCAAAAAAAAAAUACACAAAAAAAACAACUGCAAAAUCUAGCGGACAUUUCGGCGCAAUCAUAUUACUUCCAUGGGAUCGUCACUGGCAUCGAUUCAGCGUGUGCAUGACCGGCUGGACGUAUGCAAACUAACAGGACUCUCAUUCGGGACUUUGCAAACCAUUUAAAGAAAAGAAAAAAAGACUGACGAGAAGCCGGUGUACAUGAUGCGACAGCGUGUGGAUUUCUAUCCACUCUCAAAUCUCUGUGCUUGCUCUGUAGUUCUGGGUGGGGGAGGGGAUUAGGUGGGGUACAACAUUGACAAUUACAAUUAGGGCAUUUAGCUGACGCUUUUAUCCAAUGCGACUUACAUCGGUUAAUACACACAUUGACCCACAUUUCUAAUGGAUGUUGACCGCACACCCCAACCCUCACCCGGCUUUCCAACUAAAGAUAAUGGAAAUGUUUGCUUUGUUGUCACCUUUCUGUUUGGGUUGUAAUGAGUUUGAACCUCUGUUACGAGGAGUGUAUUAAAUGCAUUAUAUUUUCCUUUUGGUCCCAAGAUGAGGGUUAGCAUUUUCCUUUUUUAGGGUUCCUCAGACGGAUGCUCUGUAAUUCCAGUAGAAACCAGAUCUUGUGGGAAUUCAGGUCAUCUUGAAACAACUGAAAUUUGAUCAUUUAGCUUCUGGUCGCUCCAAGUGGCACUAGCAAUAAAUGCAGUCCAACUAUAAUCACAACCAUGGUCCAAAAUAUAUAUACCUAUAGUUUUCAUUUUUAACAGUUGAUCAUAAUAGGGAGAGACGUUUAGUGUUGCUUGUUGACUUUCUGUAUGAUCUUGGCUAAAGCUUUUUGUGAGCACUGCGAUUCCAGUGGACUACGAAGGAAUUUUUGAAGUGUCUGUUCUCUUUGGAAAAUGUGAAUCCGUUUGCAUCAUUUAUUCAUUUUUAUAUUGUUUUUUUUGUAAAGGAUGCUCAUUUUGAGCCUCGCUUUGCCAACGUCAUUACUGGUUAUUAAUGUUACUGCUUAGUAUAAAAGUCAUCCAAGACACUACAAAAAAAUGAUUUAUCCUUCAUGACAAAUGUUUCACUGGUAUAUCUGUAAAUGCCAUACUCCACUGUAAAGUCAACCUUUUUGUCAGUAAGGGGAGGUUAUAAAACAUGCUCUUUUUUUUGGGAUAUUGUAUCACUAGUUAAAAGUGGGUGUUUUAAAAUGAAAAAAAUACAAGGUCACUGAUGUGUGCACAGAUUGAACAGAUUUCAGUUUGUUUUGGCUGUGUUUUUUCGCCUCUUUUAACCCUUACUGCUGAGGUCCGAGAUGCUACUUUAUUGUACCUGCACCAAAAUGUCGCCCUGUCUAUAUAUUUUUUUUGUACUUUCGAGAUGCAUAUUUCAUUUUAUCAUUGGACCAGCGCUUUCUAGAGCUGUUCCAGCGGUCUAUUCUAUCAGAUCUUCAUCCUUUACAGAUAUUUUUGGUCAUUACUUGCCCCUUUCCUUGUUUAAAAAGAGCUUAUUAAAGAAAAUAAAUAAAGCGGUGGUGAUUUUGCAAAUCUA